AUGGAGAAAGAUGACAUUAUAGGCGCCCUCAAUGGGUGGCAGCUGUCCGUGAAUGAGAUUCAGCUCACACGCCCGACACCAGACUUUGUGCGCAACAUCUACCGUAGCUGCUUGGAACAUAUCACUGCGAUCAACGAGGAACCGAUACAAAGCGCAGUGACAGACGCAUUUAUGGAUACGGGCAUUGACGAGACGGAUCUAUACGCCACCGCUUUGUCGGACAACAUUCUACUAUACCACUUAACUCGACUAGCCUCUGCCGCUCGAAUAGAAGACUUCAACUCCAAAGACCUCACCAACCCUGAUCCUGACCGCACCAACGUCCUCCUGUCCGCCUUCAUCAACUUCAUCAAGUUUACCGAGCAAUUCUGCCAUGAGCCCUUCACGAAGAUCAUGCAUAGCGCCGACAAGGUUGUGCAGGAAAGGAAAGCGGCGGAGGACGACCUGUCGAGGAUAAACCAGGAGAUCAAGGUCAUCAAGGCCAAAAUUGCUGAAGACGAACCUCGAUGCGAGCAGCUUAGAGCGGAGAAUAAGAAGCUACAUACAGAGAUGUUGGGUAUCAAGGAGAUUCAAUCCGUCCACGCGCAGGACACGCAGCGUCUGAAGGAGGAGAAGGAGGUUCUUCUACAAAGGAUGCAAGCGAUGACGGCGGAGAUCGACUCGAAGCGCAGCGAGGUGGCGCGGACGCGCUCACGCAUCGUACAAUCCCCGGACCGCAUGAAGCGCGCCAUCUCCGUGAUGUCGACAACCGUUACGGAGGACAAGCGUCUUAUUGCGCAGACGGAGGCGAAAGCCCGCGAUUUGAAGGCCAAGUCCGAUGCGUUGAUUCGCAUUGAGAAGGAUCUGGGGAGAUGUGUAGCAAGCUUGAGAGUGAUUGAGCGCGAGGCGGCAGCGCUGCAAGCCAUGAUCAAGGAGUCGACCGAUUUGAAGGAGCAUCUCAAGCACAAAGAGAUUGAGCACGAGGAGUUUAUCUUGCGACAUGAGCGCCUGGAGAAACAGGUGGCUAAUGCCCAGGAUAAACUCGAGCGCGCGCAGCGCCAUGCUGAAGACAAGCGCACGACCAAUGCGCGGACUCUGGAGCGUCUGAACGCGGAGUACGUGCACAUGAGCGAAGAGCGGCGCGACAAUGAUCGCGUGGUCAAGGACUUGACCGCUGAGACGGAAGAGGUCGAGCGAAAGGAAUGUCGGAUGUGCUGUUUGUGGCUAUCGCGUCCUGACGAUUAUAUGCAGAUGGCCGAGCACUUGAAGACCAGCGAGGCGGAGAUUACUGAGCUAGUUGGCGAGUACUUCCGACUGCGCCAUGCUACCGAGGUCUACCGUCAGAUGUUAGCGGACAAGCUCGGCAUGAUGGACGUGUCAUAG